CUUUAUUUAGUACAAUCAAAAUUAACGAAAAUAAGUUGGAACCCUUGUAAUUGGAGUGAACGGAACAGCUAUCAACAAACUCUUGUCAAGUUGAGACUGCAAAUGAUAUGUUGACAUCACAUCUGAAACUGGCUUUGUGAGGAAAUGAUGAUGCUGGAACUAUGAAAUCAUUGAACAAAUAAAACUGUUCCUGAAUCAUAACAAACAACAGGGGAUACCCCUCCCAUCGAUGAUUCACCUUCAAAUGUUCCUGAAUAUCCAAUCAGCUACUCCUAAAAUACAAGCAAGUGAAAACAUUCAUAGGUCAAGUGUACUGAAGAAAUCACAUUAACAGUUCUCACCUUAUAAUAUUAUUAGUGCUAUGGGAUAACAUCUAGACAUAAUAUGUAGAUAUGGUGUAUUAGAAAAUGGAUGUAAUAUAUUAAUAGUGACCUACAAAAAACAUACAGACGACAGAUUGAUUGUAACAAUGGAGGGUGAAGAUGGAUAUGAUAUAAUUUGGAAAGUUGUGUUGAUAGGUGACUCUGGAGUAGGAAAAAGUAACCUGUUGUCACGGUACACAAGAAAUGAAUUUAGACUUGAAAGUAAACCAACCAUUGGAAUUGAAUUUGCAACUAGAACUGUAGAGCUAGAAGGCAAAUCUAUUAAGGUCCAGAUUUGGGACACAGCUGGUCAGGAGAGAUACAGAGCAAUCACAAGCGCUUAUUACAGAAAAGCUGUUGGAGCAUUAUUAGUGUAUGACAUUGCAAAAUUCUCAACAUUUGAGAAUCUAGAAAAAUGGAUAUCAGAAGUAAAAACCCAUGGGGAAUCAGACAUUGUUAUUAUGCUAGUAGGAAAUAAAUCUGAUCUCAGACAUCUAAGGACUGUUAUGUUUGAUGAUGCCAAAAACUUUUCAGAUCAGAAUGGGUUUGCUUCCAUAGAAACCUCAGCAUUAGAAGAUACCAAUGUAGAACAAGCUUUCAAAAAUCAUUUAAAUGAUAUAUUCACUGUGCAAUCCAAAAAGUAUGAAAAGAAAAGCGCCCCAUCUACCCCACCCGCUAGAGAGCCUCAUCCUGAGAUACAGGAUGCACCUCUCACUUCUCAACCCGACCCAAAGAAAAACAAACAAGCGUUGUGUUGUAAGACGUAAAAUAGAUGUCUGUCGUGAUGUUUGUGUCUGUGAUCAUGGUGUACAUAGUAUUAGAGAUUAUAAUUAUCAUUAAGAGAAACACUCCGAAACUUCAAUGGUUCCCACUUGAAUGGAUUGAAACUGGAAAAACUGUAUUGACUAGUACAGAUUCACUACUAAUAUGGAAUGGUACCAGUUGAAACUAAUGACUGGUUUCACUGUAAACUAUAUUGAUUGGUACCUUGUAAAACCAUAUUAAUUGGUGCCAAAUGCAACUGCUUAUUGAAAAUAGAAAAAAUCUGUAUUGUAUGAAGCUGUGCUUUAUUGAUGAUGCAUUUUAAUGGGUCUAAACCCGAGAGGGAUGACAAUGUUGGAUAUACUCCUAUUAAAAGGCCCCAUAUUAUAUGUCAUAAAAGAUG